AUGGUUGCCACAGUGCUGCAGACUGGAGGUUUUGUGUUAGGCCUUAUUGGUAUGGCUGGAGUUUUUGCUGCCACAGUUGAGGAUAAAUGGUGUGACAAAGAUCGACAGGGGGACAUGGUAAUUUGUGUGUACACUUAUAGAGGGCUCUGGUGGAACUGUGAGGUGCCCACUACUGGAUUCACAGAGUGCCAAUCGCUCUCUGACCUUCAAGGGUUUUCAGGAUUGUUUAAAGCUGUAAGAGCACUGAUGAUAGUGGCCAUUGAGAUAAGUGUGAUUGCAGUUUUGAUUGGACUGUUCUCUCUAAGGUGCCUUAAAAUGAGAAGUAUGGUGAAAUCAACCAAGACCAAAAUGACGCUAAGUUCAGGAAUUAUUUUUUUCAUUGCUGGUAUUUGUUCAAUUUCUGGAGCAUCAGUGUAUGCCAAUCAAAUAGAGGCUAGUUUCAUGAUGACCACUUACAAUCAAAAUCAAGGAAAACUAGGAGUCAAGUGCCAGUGUGUAGAUGGAUUGGGUUUCUCAAUGAUCAGGUACAUAUUUGGUCCCAUCCUCUUUAUAGCCUGGGUAGGAGGAGCUUUGUUACUUCUGGAAGGAAUUUUAAUGUGCAUUGCAGUCAAGGGAAUCCAAAACAACAAUAAUAUGGGACAGGGACAUGUUUAUGAAGCCCCAGCCCAGUGCAGAGAAGAUGAUGAAGAGUGCCAUCUUAAGAGAAUGGAUGGAGAACAAAAAUGUUAA